AUGACAGAAACAGAGGAAGCACCCGUCCUCUCCUUCAAAGAGCGACUCGCCAAAUUUAAUCAGCCGGAAGAACCCCUUGUCCCUCGUCCCCGUCCGCAGCCAGCCUCGCGACCACCACCCGUACACAGCAAGACGGUCAAUAAUCCCCCGAGCAAUGUCAACGGCUCCGUCGCGGAUCGCUCGAUCGGCAAUCAGCCGGCCCCUCAAACCCCGAAACUAAAUAUCGAGAAUAAUUACGGGAAUGGCCAGAAUGGUGUGAACGGAAAUGGUGUCAAGAAAGCAAAGCCUCCGCCCCCGCCAUUGCCAUCGCGGAGGCCUUCGACUCAACAGCUUCAACCUCAAGCUCCAGCACCCCCGGAUCUACCACGCAGGCCGUCAUCAUUGCAACGAGGAGUUUCUCGAGACUCGGUUACUUCAGACGUCUCAUCGCUGUCUGCUGUUUCGGCGAGAACGGCCCCUCCCUUGCCCUCGAGACGGGGGACGAGUCCUAGGCCACCACCGCCACCUCCGCGGCCACAGUCUCAGUCGAACGGGACUACGAAUGGAAACGAGGGUCAAAAACCACCAUUACCCCACCGACCAGCAUCGAAUGCCAGUACCUUGAGUAAUAGAAGUCGUUCUCCGGCUCCCACGCUGCCUCCUCGACUUCCUCCACGGACACCCACGAGAGAACAAGAACCGGCGGCGCAACAGCAGAAUGGGACUGGAGAUGUUCGACCUCCGACGAGAAGACUCCCGCCUCCAUCUAGGACGAUUGAUGCCCGUCUGCUUGGAUUCGGAGGGUCGAAGAAGAGUAACGGUAAUACUGCAAUCGGCCAUUCGACCGUCCAGGGUCAUCCUUCUCCAAAUGGGAUCCCACCACCAGUGCCACGGGAUAGUCGUCCUGAUCUCUCCAAGAUCGAAGCGUCUAAACCUCGUAUAACUGCUUCGCCUUCACCUGCAGUGAAUCAGACUACGACCUGCUUGAAAUGCCGCGACUUCUCUGCUCCAGACGAGCAUGCGGCACAAUUCCCACGCCAAUCGCUGCCAACACACGACCUGUCCUGGCUAGCGAACGCGCUGACCGCACCAUUUCCUUCGCCAACGGACAAGGCCCGGGCAAUCUUCACUUGGCUGCAUCAUAACGUGGAGUACGACGUCUACGCACUCUACAACAACUGCGUGAAACCAUCCACGCCACAAAGCACCCUGGCCACAGGUCUAGCCGUAUGCGAAGGUUACGCUGGCCUUUUCGCGGCCCUCGCGACUCAUGCAGGCCUCGAGGUCAUUGUCGUCGGCGGACACGGCAAGGGCACAGGCUACGCUGACCCAGCCCCAGGCUCUGCCCUCCCACCCUACAACCCAUCAGGCCACGCCUGGAACGCCGUCCGCAUCGACAACGGACACUGGAAACUCAUCGACGCGUGCUGGGGCGCCGGUGCCGUCAACGGCGGCGGCCAACCGUACAUUAAGGUCUUCUCGCCGUCGCACUUCACCAAAACAAACGACGAGUUCGGCCAAUCCCACUAUCCAAGCAACCGUGACCACUUUUUCCGCGACGACGGCCGGUCCUCCAUCUCCUGGGAGGAAUACCUCCUCCACGUCCCCAAACAACCACUCAUCUUCACAGACGCUCACAAACACAACCUCGACCCCUCCUCCUUUUACCCCGCAACCAACCAAAUCUCCGUCAACAACACCCCCAGUCCGCUCCGCUUCCAAUUUAACCUCAUAUGCCCGCACUGGACCUUCGAACAUCACUCCAAGGCCCAACCGGGCCUCUUCCUCCUCCAAAUCCACGGCAUCGACGGUCGCAAAGAGGAGCGUCUCCCCUUCAACCACGUACGCGGCUCAACACCUGGCGGCGGCGGAGACGUCUGGUACGUCGACAUCCCCGAUGCGCGGAUGUUAGGGGCACCCGGGCAGAAGUUGCAGAUUGCCGUGCUGACGAGUUUUGGGGAUCGGACGGAUGCGCGCGGUGUCACGGUGGAGGAGUUCAAGGCUUUGAAUGGGAGGGUGGGGAUGGCGUGGGCGUAUGUUUGUCAGUGGGACUUGAUGUGA